CGAAAAUUGCGAGAUGUAGAUUGUCGGCCCCAACAAAAAUUGCCGAUAUUUGCUCAAAAUGCUGAGAAGUACGAAGGAAUAACCAACAAGCAUAACCGUUACGGUGUAGAGAACACCCGUGAAACAUCUUUACCCGGAGAACUGGUCGUUAAAUGACCGAAAAUGGCUCUCGAAAGUCUGUUUGUUUCACCCCCACCUCUCGUGAACUGUUCCAAUGAAACACUUUCGAAGGGUGGCAAGUCUGAGUAUGAUGAAAGGGAGGAAGAUGAUGCCGAAGAGGGUGAAAUUCUGGAAGACGGAGAACUACCAGAGUCUGACGGAGAGGGUCAGAACAGCUUGAACGGAGAGGAGGACACUCCUCCCGCGGAGGGUUCAGAAGAGCUCCCUGCGGAAGAAAAUGUUCAGUCUGAAGAUGGAGACUACCAGCAGGCUGGAGGUCAGGGGUCAUACGGGAACGAGGAAGCCCCGCAAGGUGAAGAGAACGAGACGAUGGUAGAGACCUCGGAGCAUCAUCACAGAUCAUCGUCGCAUCGGAAGAAACGGAAGAGGAAACACCGGAGGGAGAAGGCCAAGAGGAGACGGAGACAUCGUUCAGGGAGCGUUGAGGAAGAUGUCACUCCACCUGGCAGCCCAACGCAAGACGAGAAUUUCCUGGACCGGAGUUACCCGCCACGUCGGAAGGCGUCGCGGUACGAUUCCCCGCCGGACUACGAUACGCCGGGUGAGGAAGAGUUCGGCAUGCCCCAGAAGUCCAGAGACAGAAACCAAGGAUACUUCGUUCCCGAAGACUACUGGGAAGAAGAAGACGAAGAGGAAAAUGCGUCUCGGAUGCGGAGACGGAAUGACCAACAACAAGAGGAGGACGAGCGGAACUGUUAUGACUCCGAAGAGGAAGAGAAAUACCAAGACAUGCUGAGUCACUCAGAAGGCCACACCCGUGGGCAAGACAUGCUGAAUCACUCAGAAGGCCACACCCGUGGGCGUGGCGGCCCAGGGCGGUUCAAUAUGCCAGGGCGUGGCAGGGGCAGGGGAAGAGGCAAAGGAAGAGGAGGGCAGGCUCAUGGGGGUGUGCCUUCGAUGAAAGGACCUGGCAACCAAAACCAAGAGGGAGACGAGAACAUGGAAGAGAUCAACGCCCCUGUAGGCCGAGGAAAGGGUGGGGCCAGAGGGCGUGGUGGAAAAGCUAGAGGAGGGAAAGGGCGUGGCAAGGGGAUGGAUAGUCAGGCUAUGCAACGGCCGAUCUGCAAAUUCUAUUUGGAAGGCAAAUGCAACAAGGGAGCAAAUUGUACGUUCAGCCACGCCGUGUCGCAGAACAAGAAGAUGGAGCAGUGUAAAUUCUACAUCCAGGGACAAUGUCAAAAAGGAGAUGACUGCCUCUUUAUUCAUGGUGAUAUGCCGUGCAAGUAUUUCCACACUGGGGCUGUUUGCUACCAGGGAGAGGGCUGUAAAUUCUCACAUAAGCCUCUUACAGAACACACGAGGUUACUUCUUGGCAAGGUCUUAAAAGGUGGUCUUCAGGACGUCUAUGGACCCGAGAUUCAGCGCCAACCUCACCAGACUAGAGGCUUGCUUCCGCAUCCCGUGGGACCAGCCGUUAAUCCCAACAAGAAAAUACCAUCACUAUUUGAGAUCAAGACGCAACUCGUCGGGGAGGAGGGGCGGAGGAUUGCAGAACUCGAGAAGGAACGGGAAAAAGAUCUCAUGAUGCAAAAAAUGAGUUUCUAUGGGUCGGGUAUUCCAAGAGGGAUGCAGAGGCCCUAUGACGAGGAUCCACAGAACAUGCCCCAUCCGGGUUCCUUUGACCCCCAAAAUGAACAAGAAGAUGAUGAGGACUUCCAAGGGUCUCAAGACCAGGGUGAUGAGCACCUCUACGCCCAACAGCAGCAGCAGCAUCCGCAACAUCAGCAACAGCAACAGCAGCAACAUCAGCAGCAGCAACAGCAACGUCCCAACCAGCAACCAUUUCAUAGAGACAAUAAUAACCCCCCCUUCCCAAGAGGGCCUCCUCAGACGGAGACCAUGCCGCAUCCGGCUCACCGUCCACAAGAACAAUUACAAGAUUCCGCAGACAGUAUGGAAUCCCCGGUGCGCCAACAACAACAGCAGCCUAACAUGCCGCCGCAGUUACAGAGGUUGAACCCGCAGGUGUCACCUCAGCACCAGCAGGUGUCGCCCCAACAUCCGCAGCAGUCCUCGCCGCAGCAACUUCAGAAAUCACCACCCUACCCUCAAGAAUCGAUUCAAGAGCCCCCAGGUCGACCCAAACUCAAGCUCUACACUCAACAACGGUCGACAGACCCAGCCCCGCUUCAUCUCCGACCGGUUGAAGACUCAUCUGAGGAUUACGACCACGGCGAUAUUGAUAUGAGACGACCUAGAGUGAAGCACAACUCCGAGACGGAUGGACUGGUUAUUGAUACGCCCGAAACACCUACGGAGAGAUUCCAUGAAGUUAUUGGGAAACUAGACAAGGAUGAUAGGUUCUCUGAGGAUGAUGCGAGGCUCAAGUUGCUCAUGGAAACAGAAAUCGGAAAGCUGUCUGAAGGUGACGACUCUGAGAAUUUUUCUUCAGACCAAGGCAAACCGUCAGCUCUACAACAAGACGCAGACGGCCGGAAGACGGGCCUUGCGAGUGUGACAAAAAACAUGCCAGCCAAACAGAGGGCGCUGUUUAUGCGGAUACAACAAAAGCAGGCGGAGUCAUCUGAGGAGGGGGAGGAUGGAGAGAAACUGCCGGAGGUCGAUAAGAAGAAAGUGGAGAAGAAACCGAGCAGCGAGAACAAGGAGAAAGAUGCUGCUCGGGAUGACGACAACUGGUACUCCAGUGACGAAGAUGAGGCAGGCAACGACACACUGACAAACGUCAUCAAGAAAAACAAAUCCCAUCCUGACGUCCUCAAAAGCGAUCAACCAGCCACAAAGCAGCAGCAGCAAGUGUUACCCGACUCCCUGCUGUUCCAACCGGGGUCACAGACCCUCCUCCCAAACGCCCUCGCCAGCUUGUUUUCAGCAAAACCUCCAACGGUCGGACAGGGGUCCGAUCCGAGGGUACUUGCACAGCAGAAUGCCCUGAGCAGCAUUCUGGGACUUGUCAAUAAGGGUGGUUCGCCGACUCAACAACCGAUUCCAAAACUUUUGAUCGGACAGAAACCGCCAUCUCUCUCGAACCAGCAGGUGCUUCCCGGCGCAGGUGGAGACAGCGGACUGAACUCUAAAUUGGUGACUGAGUUCAUCUUGCUUGAGGUAACGCACAGUGAUAAACUCAAAGAUCCUCGUGCGGACCGUGAAAAGAAAGAUAAGUCUGAUCUGAGGCUGCGGAAGCUCCUUUGGAAGGACAACGAGUACACGAUCAAUGACACCGACAGCAGACCAACUCUUGCGCCAAUUGAGCUUCUCACGCCAACUGAACUGAAAUCGCAUCCGGAUUUUGUGGGUGUCCCGACCACUACAGCUGCUGCCCCCACUGCCCCCCAGGCUGACCCUAGACCUGCUAGACCAGCAGAUCCAAGGAUUCAGAGACCUCGUGAUCCAAGAACUCAAAGUGUUGAAAAUAAUUCAGCCCCGACGAACGAACUAGCUCCUCCUCCUCAGCAGAGAGAUCCCAGAUUGGCCAACCGGGAUCCAAGGUUGAAUGCGGCGGCAUCCACAAACCAACCUCAAGGACAAGAGGGUCCUGAAAUUCCAGGGAAGCAAGGAGGACUUCUCCCGACACCUCAAGUUGGGAUUCCACCACCACCUGGGAUUCAUCCAUUUCCUCAAGGGGGUCCAUUUGGUCCUCCUGGACCCGGGCCGCCUGGUCCACGCAUGCCAGGCAUGUGUCCUCCCAAUGCAAAUUUCCCCCCAUUUCCCAAUGGAAGGUUCCCACGGUUCCCUCCAGGUGGCCCGCAGGGCAACAUGAACCAGGGACCGAGGUUUCCACCGCGUGGCCCACCAGGCCCUCCCAUGAGGAAUAUGAGACCUCGAUUCUCGCAUCGAGGAGGAUCAAUGUUUAACGAGAACCCAAAUCGCAUACCCCUGCCGCCGAACAACAGAAUGUUCGGACCUAACCGUGGUCCGCCACAGAACAUGGGGCAUCCACUGAUGCAUGGACCCCCACGCCCCAGAGGGCCACCAGUCAGAGGUUCCAUGCAAAUCAGAGGACCAGCUUCUCUUAGAGGUGCUCCAAAUAUCGGACAAAGAAUGCCAUCAACUGAUCCUAGGAACUCUGAUUCUCCCCCAAGGGGACCUGUGAACUCUACCGCUCUGAAAGAUCCUCGAGUAGCGAGGCAAACUCAGAAACAAGGAAACCAAAGUCCGCAUCAGGAUUCAAAUAUCGGGGGUGGCGAUACCUCAGAAUCGUCGCAACCACUUAUAAGACCGUUGUUGAGUUUGCCGCCCCAAGGUCUGAAUACUACUGGGCAACGCUUACCACAGACAAUGCCUGAAUCUGAAGACAUGAAGCCACCGGCUGGUAAGGCGUCGGACUCAAGGCUGAUCAGGCAGCUGAGUCAACCCAAAAUUGAAAUCAAAAUGGAGCCGGCGUCUCUGCUCCGACAGAACUCUGCCCCUGCUGCAUCCCCUAGUCCAGAUGAAAAAGACAUUAAGCCUUUCCCUAAAGAAGAGCUGACACCAGCAAGCCCUACCACGCCCAAACCAACCAGCAACCCAAAAGAGCCCCCUCUCAUCUUGAGAAUCAAACUAAGAGGUGAGAACGAUAAACCGGAAAUCACUCGACCCAUCUCAGACUCCGGCUCAGAUUCAGAAUUAAUGAUCAGACGAUCAAAGAGGACCAAAGCCAGUGGUAGUGAUUCCGAUCACUCAGUGGGUCUACCGGAAUCUCGCAAGCGACCCCCUAAAAGCGCCCUCGCUGGGUUCUCAAUACCAAAGAUUCCCAAGAGAACGGAUAAAACGGACGUGGAUACGUCGUCGGACGACAGCAGUAAGCCAGCUGUGUCUGGCGUUAAGAUGGAGCAUCGACAAGUUCCGAGUGCGCACCAUCGCAUGCCACAGGUUACCAGUUCAUUCAACCAAACCAUUGCACGCCCGCCGGGCAUUACUAACCAGACUCCUGCCAACACAAGAACAAUUCCAAACGAAGGUGGUCUGGCUCCACCUCCGACUGGAAAUCCGCAAAAAGUAGACUCUGAAAUUGGGGAGCCUCCUAAUCUAGCUGUUUUACCUCCUGAUGAUUUAUCUCUGAAGGAUAUGUUUAAAAUUAAAGACCCAACCGCUUCUCCGUUCUGCUGAAUCUUCUUCCAUGUAGAGUCAAAGUUGAGUCACACUGCAGCGAUAUCGAAAUGAUAUCAAUCACGACACAAAGAGAACGCAUUGUAUUGGUUGAGUUGCUCCACGCAGAAUAUGCACACGCUCAUUCAACCAAUAGAUUGCGUGCUCUUUGUGUGUAUCUUUCAAAAAGUGACCAUCACAUAAAUUGUUUUACUUUUGUGGUUUAGUGGAAGUGUAUGGUUGGGACUUCAUCCAGGUUUUGUGCUUACUUACGUUUUUACAAACUAAUGCUUUGUGCACUUUGCAGACUUUAUAAUAAUAUUAAAGGCAGUGGACACUAUUGGUAAUUGUCAAAGACUAGCCUUCA